UGGUGAGGAUGGUGCGUACGGGAUGAAUGUGGCCAAUAUUACAGUAGUAAUGAAUUAGUCAAUUAAGACAUACUCUGUUUUUGUGUUGUGUAGUACUGUUACAUAAUAACAUGUGUUGUUUAUUCGCUGGCGCAGCUGAGUUGGGUCCAUAUUAAGUUAUUAAUGCGAUGUUAAAGUGAUGGAUCCGUUCUAUUUUUACGAGGAUAGUAGGCUGAGAAGAGACUGUGUAAGAUAGAGAAUUUAGACUCAAGAUGAUAUAAGGUCUGAAACAUGGGCUCUGUGCCCUACGUAUUAUCCAGUUUAGAAGAUGUGUCAUCGCUGUACGCUCCUCUCAGAUCCACACAGAGAAUAAAGUACACCUGCUUCACUGUCUCAAAAAGUUUUCUAAUAUUUGGUGCCACAAGUGGAGGCCUCUAUGUGUUCCGCAGAGAAUCGUGUGUCUUUCUACAGUUGAUUCCUAACAAGGAGGGGCCUAUUCAGCAUGUGACAGUUUCUCCUGAUGAGCAGCUGUUUGCAUUUGCCACUGUUAAGGGAGCAGUGUGUAUGCUUGAGCGGAACCAUGUAGCUGGAUCACGUCAUUUGCACAAGUCAUCUGAACAUGUUGGUACUGAAGUUACUGCCUUGUGUUGGGGUGCUCAAAAUGAGCUGUACAUUGGAGAUGCCUUGGGACGAGUGUCAGUACUCAGUGCACCCGUGCUGGGGAAGAAUGUUUUUAGCACACCAUCAUUCCAGCUUAUGCAGCUUGAUUCACGUGUGGUACAAAUGGAUGGACAGGAUGGACUUCUGUUGGUGUCAACACUCACACGAUCAUUUAUCUGUGAUACAAUUAGAGAACAAUAUAGGCAGAUAGGACAGAAGCUUCGGGAAGGGGAAUUUGGAGGCUGCUUUGCAAAGCAUGUCGAAGAUAGACAACCACAUAUGUUUUGCGCUCGACCUGGAUCACGUAUUUGGGAAGCUGCAUCAGAUGGAACUGUUCUGAGCACACAUCAGUUCAAACUUGCUCUUGCUGUACCUCCAGAACCAGUUAUAAGUUAUUCUAGUCAGAAUUUGCCAGUCAGUUUAGAAGGUUCCAGUGUCUGUUGGAAUCAGCAGUCAUUUAAUUUUGCUAAGCUGCUCACUUUAUCUGAUAGUUUUCUCUUUACUUUCAAAAGUGAUGGACUUUACAUUUUUGAUCCGUAUACAGCCAGGGUGAUUCUGUGGAAUAACAGCUUUACUGAUAUUGUGGAUGCUGUCACAGUAGACAAUAACAUUUAUGUCUGGACAGCCACAGGGAAAAUGCAUGUACUUACUCUUCAUCCAUUGGAGAAAUUCUUGUUACUACUGUACUUUCGUAAACAGUAUACAUUAUGUGGCCUAAUGUGUAAACUUCAUGAGAAAUGGUUAUUGGAAGCAAUAAACACGUCUCCAAAACUGUGUGUGUUAGCAGAUCUUACAGAAAAGUUGGAACUUGAUCAAGAUUUAGUCCUGUCACUAUCACCACUUCUCAAAGAAUUGUCAAAACAUGCUGAGCAGAAACAGAUAGCUCAGCGUCUUGAUUCAGGAAUUUUCAUUGUUGGUAAUGAUUACUUUCUGUGCAAUGAGAACAACACUGUUUCCGAAGUCCCUAAUGUAAGAAGAACAGAACAUCUCAAAGAUAAAUCCAGAUCACUAAGUCUUUCCCCUGAAAGAAACAGUGCACACAAAUUGGAAACAGUUAAUGAACUUGAGAACAGCAAAAGAUGUGUCAGUCACAGUUCUCUGCCAGAUGUGACAAAUAGUUUGAUUGAUCAGCAACGUCCUUUUGUUGAUAACAACAUGAAUAAAUGGAUAACAGAAGAAAGUUGUGGGAAUUAUAUGGACCCUGAUAGCAAAUGUAGUGAUGAUUUUCAAACAUCUGCUGUACCAUCCCAGGAAGCAGUUCAAGCACUGAGAGAAAUAGGACAAUCAGUUACAUGGACAAUUACCAACAGUACAAAGUCUCUGAAACAGAAGUGGCAGUUUCUGGAAGACAGGGUCAAGAAUUUCGCUCAAGAAAAUUCUUCUCAGCCAUCUGAAGCCUUGUCUGAUUGUCAGUUAACUGAAGAUAAUUCUCUUGUUAAUUCAGAAAGAGCAUACGAAGAACAAAGUGUCUUAGAGUAUCCAAAUUUGAAUGUGUCUGAUUUAAUUAACAUCUGUGAUGAAUAUCAUAGAAUGGAUAUUGCUGAUACGGAAUCACUAAGAAUGAAUUUUUGUAGUAGUGUCAUAGCAAUUUCUUGUAAAUAUAACCAUUAUAUAAACAGAAGGAAUACUAAACUAGAUUGUAGCAAAGGUGACAAUUCACAUUUUAAAGAUGAAAGUGAACAUUUGGAUGAAAGUGUUGAUUCUUUGGUAGUGGGAACAGCCUUUCCAUUUCACCACUACUUUUCUCCAGAGAGACUUGAAACUAUGAAACUCUUAGUUCAUGAUGUUUUGAAGCAUAAAUCUCUAGUCAAACACUUAAAAGACUUCUUAUAUGAUAUAGAACUGCCAGAAAGCUCUCUAAAAGACUACUUUACUGUUAUUUCAGAAGAUAGUUUAAAAUUAGAUGUUGCUAUUGGUAGAUUUUUGUCAUUGUGUUCAGAAAUAAUUGAGCCUGAGACCGUUCUUGAUGAUUUAAGGAAACUGGAAGUGCCUUGUUACUUUACCUCUCUUUCUGUGUUACUAAAUAUAGUCCAGAUAGGUGCUUCAAAUUUUCUUGGUUCUAGAAGUAUAGAGAAGAGUGACAGUAGCAAUGGUUGGUCAGAAUUGCUGCUACUUAAUGCUCUGUUCAUUACAAUGCAGAUGGGUCAGACUGAAAUGUACAAUUCUGUUCGAAAGGAAAUGUAUGUAAAGGAUAUUUGUUAUUUAGCCAUAAAGUUGGAGCAAUAUAUGGUGAAACAUGGUGAAAGUGAACACUCUGCAAAACGUCACUGCCAUUUUCUCUUCCUCUCUUGUGUUGUUAAAUUGCCUAACUUCAGAAACACUGUACUGGAUUCAGUACAUGACAACUUCCUUGCAAAUUUCAUCACCGCAGCUUUAGAAUCGGUUAACCAGGAUUGUGGAAAGACAUGCAAGUGUGGAUAUCCUCUGGAAACACCGAGUAGUGAGAAAGUUAAAUUUAUUGAAAUAGGUACAAUUGUUUUAGAUUACUUUCAGAGGACUGAUCAUGAGCGAGCAUUACUUCUAUGCAAACAGAUUCCUCAUUUAUGGUAUCAUAUGUUACAUAAGAAGUGUGAUAGGUCAGAUACAGACUUAAAAUUGAUUGUGCAGUUGGGCAGUAUACAAGAUUUAGAAGAAUAUCUAUCUGAAGCAGAUGUAAGUUUCUGGAAUCAUGUUUUAUCUCUGGUGUUUACUUUUCGCUCUGGUACUUGCCUGGGCUGUAGCUACCCGUUUAUGGUAGAAAAGGAUUUCCGUGGAUCACUGUCUCUCUCUUUGUUGGGUGCUUUGAUUGUCAAAAGCCUGGGCCCUCAUGGAGCAACCUCUCUCUUCAAGAAGCAUAGUCCACAGAUUCAGCCUGGUGAACUUGAUGCAAAGUUUUUCCAGUCCUGCAUCUUUGCAGCCAUUGUAAAUGUAAAAAAGGACGGACUACAAAGUACCGUUGUUAAUAGAGUACAAGGGCUGUCCGGACAUUCAUCUAAAGUCGCCACUUUCUCAUCGAAGGCAGCAGACAGGAUCAACAAAGCUCUUCAUGAAGAUGGAUUUGUUUUGAAGCAGACAGGAUAUAACAACAUCACAGAAAGAGCAAAUAAUCAUCACUGGGGAGCACGACUUGACCUCUCUCGUGAUACAUGUGCUCUAUGCUGCUUGCCCUUAGGAUCACAGGUCUUGCUGAGAGAAGGGCAGGGCCUUACUGCAUAUCCAUGUGGACAUGUGUACCAUACAGUUUGCCUCCGGAAGAAGUAUGCUACCUGCCCUCUUUGUUGUUAGUCUAUGUUGAUUGCUAAUGAACAAAAUGUCAUAUUUCGAGGCUCUCUUUUUGAUACAUACUAAAAUUAAUAACACAAGUAAUUUCAUUAUAAUUAUUUUUUCACAAUAGCAGGAAAUGUCUGUCCCUUGUUAAACAGUCACCACCACGAUGGUCAACUCGUAAACAUUUAAUUUUUUUGAUGUAUUAUCAUUUUGCUGACAUUCAGAAUUGUCACAAGAGAAGAAAUAGUAAAUAUUUUUGGGUACUGUGCUUUCUACAAGUGUUGCAUGGCAUGACCUUCCACACCAAAACAAUACAUAUAUACUACAUUUCAAGUAAAUGACAGUUUCUAGAAAUCGUUUCACAUCUGCUGGGGUAAAAUGUUUUGCUGCGAAAUUGGUUACAGUAUAGAUUGGCAUCAGCAGUAAUUGUUUGAUUGAUGGGUGAGGAUCUCAUUGCUGGCUUUUGCGACUCCUACAUCUUGUGGGCAAUCAUGCUACUCAUAAUCUGUGUUGAGACUAUAAGAGAAUUUACAGAGCAAUGCAUGGGACUUUCCCAUUUUAGGACCAUAAUAUUGUUGAUGCAAAGCAAAUAACAAAUGACUACUGUGGAGUAAUAAGUGACUGAAAAGGUGCUAACAUUAAUGGUCAGAAAAGUAACUGAUUCUAGAAAACUGCCAGUCAGGCAGCAAUGCUUUCUUGGUUUGGUCAUUUAUUUCUCUCGGGAUUGUUCUGUUGUAAUCAGAUUAAAAACCUUCGAUUUAGUGAGAGAUAUCAAAUACGAUAGGCACUUAAAUUUUUAUUUUGAUGAUGACAGAUGAAGAGCACAGGAAAAGAAUGUGCUUUCUCCAUAUUAUCAAACUGUUCAGGAGAGAAAUUUUAAAGUUUGAAACUGAAUUUCAUGGAUAUAAUGAACAAAAGUAAUCAAUACAAAAGUCAUUUGGAAGGACACAUUAUAUACAUUAAAUUAAACUGAUUCCUUAGGUAUUUAAAUUGUAAUUUUAUUGGCAUAAUGUUUAAAGUGAUCUCAUGUGUAACAAAGGAAAAAAUGUGCUGCUUGUAUACAGCAGAAUAGAAUAUAAUCAAGUAAACCUAUAUUUUUUUGUUAGAAAUUGUGUUUGAUUAUUGUGUAAUGAAAAACAAUGUUUGAAACAAUGAAAAUACUAAAAUGAAACUUCCUGGCUGAUUAAAACAUUUUAGAGCACUUGCCCGUGAAAGGCAAAGGUCCUGAGUUAGUCUCAGUCUGGAACACAGUUUUAAUCUGCCAGGAAGUUUCAAAUCACCAUGUCCUCUGCUCCAGAAUGAAAAUUUCAUUCUGGAAUAAAGACACUUCUUGGUAAGCAAUUUCUCUUCGCUAUUUUAACUUUGUGUGGCAAAGUGGAAUUAGAGUAAAAUGUAAUAUCACUUUGUCCCAACAUACAUUUCUCAGCCUAGUGUAAAAUGUUUAUGUAAAACACUCUUGGUUCUCUUCUGCAAUACUCCUUCAAAACCUGGAGGUCUGUGAUACUUUUCUUUUAAUGUUGCCAGAGGACCUAUAGAGAAAUUUUAUUAUUAUUAUUAUUAUUAUUAUUAUUAUUAUUAUUAUACAAAAUUAUACUGAAAUAAAUUUUUAUAUUUUUACAUUUUACCCCUGUAAGCAGGAGAUGGGUAUUCAAGUGACUGCUGCUUUUGAAGUCACUGUGAAGCUCUCAUCACCUAUUAAAUCUAAGCUUCAUUAGCAGUUUCUUGAUGUUGAAUGAUGCACAGAUGUUUCUUAUGAUGACUAACACUCUAAUGAGUCUUGUUAGGAAAGGACAUUUCUUCGAAUAUUUAUUCUUCUGAAAUGACCCACAAUUUUGUAUCAUAUCUUAAUUGACCAGCACAAGAUUAAAAGGCGUAGUUUUACAUCAAGCUUUAACCAUUAUCUGCACACUAUCCACUGUAACUCCUGCUAAUGCUUGUCACGUUAAUCAGUCCCAUAUUCUUAUCACACUCCAAAAAUAGUGUCUUGUAGUAGGAGAAGCUAUUGGUACAAUAUAAUUGUUUUUCUGGGAUGAAGAUGAAUCACAAAAACUUCAAGACGUUUGACUUUCUUGUCCAAUAAUUUUGUCACAAAGUGAUUUAGAUUGUAAACAACUUCAUUGGCUCCUUUCUUUUCAAUAUCUUCAAUGUAAUUGUAGAAAAUUGAAGUUGCACUUGAAAGCUGAGACCAUUGAAAGAGUAAACAGACAACUGCCUUGUGUAAUAGACGUCAUUAGUACUUAUGUUUGAUAAGCGUACAUUUUUUUGUUUGUCCAUGCAGGUUGCUUCUGUUUCAUUUGACUUUUGGCUUCUUAAAUGAAUGUCUUUUUCUGGAAUAAAAUGUUUCACCUUUGAAUUUGUGUACUUUCCGAUCAAUAGUGAUCUUAUUUAUUUAUUUCAGUACUUGUGUUUCCAUGUCAUCUUUUAAAUUUUCUGGUAACACUGCAUUCAUCACAGUUUCAACUCAGCAGUGCACUUAUCUCAGGUUGAUCAUGCAUCAUGCCUUGUAUACCCAAAAGCUAUAUUGAAUUUGCUCUUAAAUACUGUUCUAUGCAUUUCAUAUGACACAUGAAAAUUUGGGUAGUUUUCCUGGAACAUUUCAUGCAGGUUUUUUUUUUAUUUUUUUUUUCCACCAAAAGCUCCUAUGGGAGAUACAACCUCUUGGUCUUAUCAUUGUUGUAAUGACAUGAUCUAUCCUUAAAUGAAUGAAUGUGAUCAUUAACUGCCAUUCCUACUUCAUCCUCAAUUUUCUACAGCCUGUUGCCAUGCUUAUUCCUUCCAGCAUGAGCAGUCUUGCCCAGCUUCAAAAAGUUAUGACCUGUUAUUAAUCAUUGCCUUGGUACUCCAUGUACUUCCUCAUAAAGGCUUUUCUGCAUAUAGGAAUUUCAUGUACAAUGUCGUCACCUUCCACUCGUUGUGUGUAGUAUGCUCAAAGCUGUGCUUAAUCUUCAUUCUCCCUUGAUAGCACUCUGAAGUGAAAGUAUUGUAAUGAGAUCUAUCAGAUACAAUGAGUGUUCACUCCAAUGUCCCAUAUCACUAAAUUUUUAUAUAAUAUUUGAUCUUUCUCCAGCCCUUACUAUCACAAAACACUUUAACAUACAGUUACAGCCUCUUCCUAGUUCGUGUGGCUCAACUCUUAAUUUCUUCAUGACUGUACUCAUUUGCUCUCAUCCAUGGGUUUUCUUAACACUGAGGGAGUCUGAAGGACUCUUGUCUUUCAUCCUCAGAUGAAGUACACAUCAUUCAAUAUAAAUAAUUAACUAUUCACACUGAAAUGAAUCACUUGCAAAAUCUGCAUUACUGAACAGAAUGUCUCAGGCUAAAGCAAUGGUUUUCAGUAGCGUUAUAGAGUGUGGACUGUUCAUAUUAUCACACUGGUUGAUUACGAAUAUUAAACAACACGGAAGCCUACAUCUGAUGGCGUACAUAACUUACUUUUGGAAAAAAGUGGACAAAUCACGUUCUUUCUCUGUACUCUUCAAAUGGAAAAAAAGGCUAAACAAUGGAAAAUGCAGGAUGUAGUAACGGUAUUAUGAAAAGGAUAAGUUUCUACUCACCAUAUAGAGGAUAUGUUGAGCUGUAGACAGACACAACAAAAAGACACUGUAUGUUUGACCUUUUGGCCAGAAGGAUGUGUUCUGAUUUAGAAAACCCAAACACAUUCACCCAAGUACAACAACUGUCUCUGACCACUGAAUCCAGACUCGCUGGCCACACACGGUGUUUAUUUAUGGGAGUUGUGUUUCCAUGAAUGGAUGUUUGUUUUCUACAUUACAAGAACCAUUUUUGCAUAAAGCUAACAUGUAUAUCAGUCUUCUUUUGUCUGUCUGUGCACUCAAAAUUUUCUCUAUGUGAAGAAAAAGAUUACUAAUUUUUGCUAUGCAUAAUGCAUAUUAUUUGUGAAAUGUCUGAGGAAUUUCAUACCCCCGCAAAGGAAGUAAUACCUGACAUGUCCUAUUGUGAUAUCUUCAUUCAACAUUGUGUUCAUACUUAAUUAAAAUUUAUAAUAUGUUGCAGACACAAGAUAUGGAAACCAUUUUAAUGAACUUUAAUAAUCAAUUAAUUCAUUCACACAUUGUAUUCCAUAUAUCACAUCGUGGAGAGCCUUCAAUGGUGUGAAGUAAUGAAAAACGCUGAAUUAAGAUUCUUUUGCUGUAUUUGUGUGACUCGUUCUUUUGUAAUUUGCGACAUGGACUACAGACAAAUAUCUCUCAAUAUUACUCUGUGUCUCCUUAAAGUGAUUGUUUCUGUUUCGCUAUGACCUGUGCUACUUUUUGAAAAUGAAUUAGUUAUUUGAUGUGCAGAUAAAAGUUGCAUAAAUGAAACCUUCCUCGGAUUUCUUAUAGAAAUGCAUGGAAACUAGAGAAGACAACUCUUUUGUGUUACUAGAAAACAAAAAUGUAACAGUUUGCACAAGCAAAGAGAUGAAGUAAAUAUGUGAGGUUUUCAAGUAAGUGGCUUCCGCUCUUGUGACCAAUUGGGAGUGGCCAAAGGAACAUAAUGUAAAUCAGCUCAUAGACCUUAAUUAUAAAAACAAAAUGUUACCAAAACUGAAACCAAUUAAAUAUAUAGUUUUUCCAUUGCAUGUUCCACUUUUAACUUGUACAAACAUUAUCAUUUUCAUUUUUGUGGCCUUGUGUAUUCUUUCCUUUAAAAUUGGUGACAAGUACAAGAACCAGAUAAUUCUGUGAUAAUUUGUUUAGGAUGCUAAAAAUGUGAAAGUUUAUUGAAAAAGUCUGCCAUUAUCAGAGUUAUUUAGUUAUGUAGCAUAUUGUUGAUCGCCAGUCGAGACUUCUCAUUUGUUUGACAGUGUGUUUCCCACAUUAUUAACUUCACUGUGACACACUUUAACUGUUGGAUAAGCUGUUUUAGGAAACAUAUACAGAAGAAUCCUCACUUGACUCCACAUAAAACAGAUUAAAAAACAGCAGUGCACAAAACUAUAUGCUAAAUCUUGAGUCUUGCUAAUCAAAGUUUCAUUUCAUAAGAAUCAAAGGUUUGAGAGAGAAAGUGAAAGACAAGACGGUUACUGAAAAACAAGAAGUUUGUUCAUAUUUUUGGUGUCAUCUUUUAAUUUUUGUGUAAUUUUUUAAAGAAAUGUUCUUUCUUGUUGAAAAAUGGACUGUUAAUAUUAGUGUGUGUAUCAAAUGGUGCUCUCGUUUAAUGUUGUUUUGUGUGUUUUUGUUAUCUUAACAAAUUGACUUCUAAAUAUAAUUUAAUGGUAGGUAUUCCUUAAGUGUUUACACUAAUUGUUUCAGUACAAAGGAAAGUAUUCAUGAAAAUUUGAAGUUAACUUGAUAGUAACAGAUUAGUACAGUGCUUAAAAUAUGUCAGAUUGUUAGCUGUUCUGCAAUGACAGUUUCAGAUUACAUUGGCUUAAUAUACAUUAUUCUGUAUAUAAUGAAGAGAUUUUAUAUACAGCUUCUUAAUUAUUUAACAACAGUGACAUAUGAAAACUUGUUACAACUUUCAGUUCAUUGUACACUAUUUUGCAUUUUUGCAAAAACUUAACUUGUUACUUGCCUCAAAUAUUUAGAAAGAAAUUGUGAGCCAUCACUGAGCAUCUACUACUAUUGCCAUCUACAGUUUUGUGUAAUGUGUUUCAUAUGAUAUGAUAGAAAUUCUGAGUCUUAUAGUGAAGUCAAAAAGUGUUAAUACUCCAAUCUGUGCUGUAGAAGUUAUCAAAAUCAGCAGAUGCUGUUAUACUAAUACUGUACUGUCGAGUCAUUUGUAUCGUAGUGGAAGAUUAAGUGUCUUGGUAGCAGUAGUUGCACAACUCUAUGAAUGAAUGGGAUUGUGUGGAUUUUCAUGAAAACUGUAUGUCAGAAAAGUUGUGUGAAUCUCAAAACGUUGUGCAGGAGAGAGUGAAUUAAAAAAUUGUUGAUGGUUCUCAAAUGUUAUUGAUGCAUAAAUGUGGUGAGACUUAACCUAGCUAGGUAUAUUUUUCAGAAAAAAAGUGUGUCCUUUUAUAAAGCUUGCAAGUGUGAGUGUGAUAUUGCCCCUUACAUAAUUUUUUGUAUAUGUUACUCCAGUGUUACAAAAGAGAUCUUUUUGUAGAAAAAAAUGUGACACAAACACAGCUGACAUUAUAAAGAAAUCAUUAUUUUAUGUAUGUAUGUGGAUUACUGUUGAGAUAAAUCCUAGUGAUUUCA